AUGCCCGCCGCCCGCGGGCGCGCUCCCGCCGCGUCCACCUCGUCCGCCGCCGCCGCCGCGUCAGCUCGACUCGACCGCGACGACUCGGACGCCGACGAGGGCGAGCACGUGCAGCGCAAGAGCACCGUCAGGCUCCAGGGCGUGCAGGGCGUCAACAACGAGGUCGUCUACAUCUUCCAGGACGCCCUCGUCGCGCUCAUCGAGAGCUCGGCACAGAGUGGGGCCCGUGGCGGUGCACCUCGUUCGCCCGGCGCCAAAGUCGACGCCGACGUCGACGAGCUCGAGUCGGACGACGCCGCCGAGCCUGCCUCGACCUUCCUCCCGAUCCUCGACCUUGACCUCGCCUUCUCGCCCCCGAAUGCCGAGCCCGCCCUCGCCGCCGCCCUCUCGUCGUCCCCGACCACCGUCCCUCAGCACCCUCGGCCGCUCGCGCGCGUCUCGCUCGCAACCCUGCGCGACUCGAACAAGGCCCCUCACCGCCUGUACCUCCGCCACGCGACGACGCACGCCCCGCUCGUCGAGCUCGACCCGCUCGACCCGGCCUCGUUCGCCGCGCCCUCGUUCACGACCUGGGUCUCGCCGCCGCCGCUCACAAAGAGCGGCAAGCCGUUCAAGAGCCGCGCGGCGGCCAAACGCGCCGUGCAGCCCCCGGCGCAACCCGUCGUCCCGACCGGCGCCGGCGGCCUCGUCGACGCGCUCGCCCAGUACGCAGCGCUCGGCGCCCACACCGAGGGCGUCCGCGUCUCGGCCCACCUCGCCAUCGAGCUCGUCGCGCCGGGCAACCGCGUCACGCUCCACCUCCACCUCGAGGCGCAGCUCGACCCGGCCGUGUUCCUCCCCAAGCCCUACUCGCGCCCGCGCCGCAUCCUCCUCGACUUUGUCCUGCCCGACACGGCGCCCGGCUGUCGCGACGCCGACGCCGACGUGCCGCGCGAGGCCGGCACCGACUACUUUUACGCGUGCCUCGAGCGCGCACCGAGGACCGUGCGCGGCGUGCCCGUCGGCGCGGCGGCGAUGGCGGCAACGGCGGCGGACCGUGACGCGCAGCUGCGCCGCGCCGCCAAGGGCAAAGGCCGGGCGCUCCCCGACGGCGGCGACGACGACGACGGCCGUGCCCGCGAGCCCGACGCCGGGCCCGAGGACGAGCAGCUGUACCCGCCCGGGCUCACGGUCCCGCUCCUGCCGUUCCAGGCGCGCUCGGUGCGGUGGAUGCUCCGGCGCGAGGGGCGCCGCGUCGUGCCGCGUGCGAGGGACGCGGGAGCGGGCGAGGGAGAGGGAGAGGGAGAGGGCGAGGGCGAGAGGGACGAGGGAGGGGACGACGCGCGCAUGGGGCUGCUCGGCGGUCGCGAGGGGGAGGAGGAGCAGCCGAGGCUCGACGGCAGCGCAGCCGGGCGCUCUUCGCCCGACGACCAGGACCACGACGACGAGGAGGAGGCGGACGAGCGCGCGCCGCCCGUCCUCGCCGACCUCGAGCCCGACGAGCUCGCGGCGCUCCGGCGCGGCCCGCUCUGGGAGCGCGUCUCGCUCGCGUUCCUCGCUCCUCGCCGCCCUGCCCAGGACGACGGCGACGACGACGACGAGCGCGACGGCGAGGACGAGCGCGACGCGCCCGCGCCGCUCGAGCUGUGGCUCAACCGCACGAGCCUCGCCCUGAGCGAGCGCGACCCGCUCGAGGCCCUCGCGGGCGCGAGCGGGGCGGCGACGCCGGUCAAGAAGGAGGGCGACGGCGACGGCGAGGGCGAGACGGGCGCGGGCGGCGAGGGGACGCAGUCGAGCGCGAGAGCCGUCGGCGGGCAGGAGGGGCACGGCCUGUUGGCCGAGGAGGUCGGGCUCGGCAAGACGGUCGAGGUGCUCAGCCUCGUGCUCGUCCACACCGACAAGAACCGUCGCAAGCUCGCGCCCUACUUCAACCCGGUCACCGACAGCGACGUCCAGCCGUCGGGCCUGACGCUCAUCAUCGCGCCGACGGCCAUCGUCGGCCAGUGGCAGGCCGAGAUCGCGCGCCUCGCGCCCGCCCUGCGCGUCCUUCGGUACGAGGGCGUCAAGGCGCUCAAGGACGGCCAGUCGGCCGCCCACGUCGCCAAGCGGUUCGACGUCGUCCUCACCACGUUCGACGUCCUCCGCAAGGAGGUCGUCUUUGCCCGCAAGCCGGCCCAGCGUGGCCUGCGCAACAAGCGCGAGAUCCGCUACCGCCGCAGCCUCCUCGUCGAGCUCGACUUUUUGCGCGUCGUCAUGGACGAGGCCCAGAUGGUCGGCGACGCGGUCGGGCCGACGAGCGAGACGGCGAGCCUCAUCUCGCGGCGGUUCAGCUGGGCCGUCACGAGCACGCCCCUGCGCGACAAGAUUGCCGACAUGCGCCCGCUGUUGACGUUCCUCCGCGUCGAGCCCGUCGCGUCGGGCCGGGCCAGCCUGCAGCGCCUCCUCGAGGAGACGCCGAGCUUCAAGCGCUUGUGGAACGAGAUCGGCGAGCGCACGCUCAAGGCGCAGGUCCAGCACGAGCUGUUCCUCCCGCCGCAGGCGCGCUACAUCGUCCCGGUCGACCUUACGGCCGUCGAGCGCUUCUACUACGACCAGCGCUACGCCGACGCCCUCGGCACGCUCGGCCUCGCCAUCGACGGCACGCCGCAGUCGGCGCCGACGCCGUGUGGACGCUCGACCGCCCCGAGAUGA